UUUGACUGACAUUUUAAUUUUUAGUGGACACUGGACGCUGAAUUCUGAAAAUCGUAGCUGAAAAUGGAAUUGAAUCGUGAAAAAUACAGCAAGAGAAAAUAAUUUAUAUACCUACUUUAAAACUAACUUUUAUUUGCAUUUAAUGUUAAUUGAUUAACUUACUUAGGGACUAAAACGUUUAAACGUGUGAAAAUGGAAGCUGGUCUCGGAGUACACUAUGGUCAUCGCUUUCAACUCAUUUAUUUUUAUAUCAUUAGUUUACUUACGUUUUAACAUUAAUUAUAAAUAGUCACUAUUCAUUGUAUUCAGAUAGGUUUAAUUAUUUUUUGGCUAGGUUUUUGUAAGUUAGUCAUCAUGAGUAUUCAAGUUUGUAGGGACACAACAGACGCUGUGGCCUUGUAUUUGCCGCAACGUUUGUAUUUAAAGCCUUAUGCGAAAAUAAACAUUUCUAUCCAGCUUCCCCCCCACAAGGUACACGGAAAGUCCAUUUCCAAUUGGGAACUAAUGGAAAAAUUACGAAAAAUGAUCCAACCUGAUGGAUUCUCUAUGUUAAAAGUGUCUAAACAUAGUUCUGAAGUGAUACGGUUCGAUGCCGAGUUAGAAAAUCGUCCAAAGUUAGAGAGAGUGUUAUCACGAUUGGAGGAUAGGAUAAUACAGUUGAACGACUACCCCGAUCCACUGAAAGUGCGUGUUUGUGAAGCGAAAUCGGAUUUCCCAAGUCGACAUGCGUGGGACUCAUUCUUUCGUGACGCAAGCGAUAUGGACGAAAUGAAACCAGGCGAGAGACCGGACACAAUACACAUAGCUAACCUUCCAAUUCCCUGGUUUGUCCAUGAACGCGAUAGGGACGAAGAUGCAGUGCCAUCUGAAAGUUUGUUCAAAAAGAUCUUCGAAAAGUAUGGAGCGAUACGGCAAGUUGAUAUUCCUAUAGCAGAUCCAUACAGAAUGCAGAUGAAAGAGGCUAUGAGAGGCAUUUCUACACCAGUGCAAGAUAGUGCAUUGUUUUUCGAAGCCUACAUCCAAUUUAGUGAAUAUGUAGGCUUUGUGAGGUGCAUGGAUGCUUUACGAGGCAAAAAGAUUGUGCGCAAGAAUAAUGAGCUGGCUGAAUGGUGCAGCAUUCAAGUAGACUUUGAUAAAACAAAGCAUAUGACUGACGCAGCUGUGAAGAGACGCUCCAUAGUGAGGGAACGCUUGGCCGCAAGGCAGAGAGCUAAGGAUGAGGAAGAGAGGCAAGAAAAAGAAAGGAAAGCCAAACAAGAGGCUAAAGAAAGAACUAAGGAAAGAGUUUCACGUAUAAUCUUUCAUUAUUUAAGACAAAAGAUUGAGCAAAAGGAGCGAGACAAACUGGAGAAAAUGCGGGAGAGAGAAGAGAGAAGGAAAAAGAAGCAGUUGGCGAAACUUAUGGAGAGAAAAGAUGUGGAUGUUAAUAAGAAAGUUUCAGAAGAGCAGAAGAAGUUGCUCAAAAUACAGAAGAAAUUGCAAGCAAUCAGAUUGAUUGAAGAACUGUUUCAGAGGAUUGAGCUACGUCCAGAGCUGCAACGUAACGGUCGCUCGCACGCCGGCGAGCGGGCGGCUAGAGCCCGGCUCGUGGAUAAGAUGCGACGGGCACAUGAGAGGAUGAUGGACGAACAGAGGGAACAACUGCGGCAUGCUUUUGAUGGUCGUAUAAUAAUACGGUCUGCGCUAGAAACAAAGAAACCGAGAAGGAAUUCAAUCAGCUCAAUAUCAUCUGAUGAUUUGGACGAGAAAAGGGUAAAGACUGAGAAAUUGUCCACGCCAGAGCGAGAGAGCGAAUAUAAGAAUGCAGUUUCAGGCAUGUACGCGCCGAACCCGUACAGCUACGGGUACCCGUUCGCGUGCCCGCCCGCCUACCCCUUCCCACAAAGUUCCAUGUACUACCCCCCGAUGCGCGGCGGGUACUACGGGUGCGAGGGGUACACGCGGCGGGGGAGGGGGGGCGGCCGGGGGAGGGGCGGGGCGAGGGGAGGGGGGAGGGGGAGGGGCCUGCCGCACUUCGACGGGCCCACAGCCACGCAGCAGUACUACCAGUACUUUAAGAAACUGAACGACGCAGAAAAUCGCAACGAGCAUGACGACCGUGGCCGUUCACGGUCACGCUCGCGGUCACGGUCACGGUCACGUCGCCGAUCGUACUCACGGUCAAGGUCACGGUCACGCCGGCGAUCAUAUUCAAGAUCACGCUCACGUAGUCGACGCUCGAGGAGUCGUAGUCGACGGUCGCGGAGUCGAAGAUCUAGGUCCCAUCGCAGUCGCACACCAUCCAGAUCGAGACGCUCUAGGUCCCAUUCGAAGCGGAGGUCCAAAACCAAAACUAAGUCAAAGUCCAAACAUAGGACUCCCUCCCCGAAACGGGUUAAGGGGAAAAGUGGGGAGAGAACACUAGUUUCCCCCGAAAAGAGAUCUAGGAGAUCGAAAAGCUGGUCCAUGCCUAAAGAAGGAGAACCUAGGAGAUCCUGGUAGAAGAUAAGAGACUUAGGACAUCCUGGUAGAUAAGAGAAGAGAAUAUUUAGAUAUAAAAACGUUGUGAAAUAAAUAUUUUAUAAUUCGU